GGCGCGAACAAAGCCGGGGCAUAGCCUAGCUGCCGGAGCCCUGAUGGCGGCCCCGCGCGCCCCCAGGAGAGCCUGCGCCAACUUUGCGGGAGGCGCUUGCAGCGGGGGCCGGGCGGCCGCAGGGGGUGGCGACCCCGGAACGCGUCCCGCGGUGUCCUCAGAGAGCGCCCCUGGCAGCAAACGCAACAGUGCGGGACGCCGGGGCCCCGCGGCCCCUCCAGCCGGGGCGGGGGCUCGUCGCGCUCCGCUGACAGCCUUGGUGGCGACGGUCGCGCGCCUUUGCGCGCAGCUUGGCGAGUGGAGAGGGGGCGCGGACAGCCUGGAGGCGCGCCGCUGCGGCGAGCUGGCUGCUCUCGUGAGGUACUGCGGUGCCUGGCACAAAGGAACGCAUUCAAAGUGUGCGUGCCAUCCCCACGGCCCGCAGCGGUGUCCCGAGCUCGCUGCACGCGGUGGACCUCAGGCUAGCGCAGCCCCGCCCCUGCUCGGGUCACUGGGCAUCGGCGAGCCUCGCCAUCUGCACCCAGACUUAAGACAACGGAGGGAGGUUCGUCCUACAUUCCCAUCCUUUAUUUCGGGCUACUGUUUUCCAGAGAAAGCAUUUGCAUGGGUUUGGGGACAUCUCUCACAGAAGCUUUAAGUUUUGACGUGGACACUUCAGCUUUUUACUGGUUGUCCUUCAGUUCUGAACGUCUCCUAUGCUCUGGCUUUUCUCAAUUCGGGUUUCUUCUACAGAAGAGUGUCUGAAUUCCCUUGAGCCAGUUAGGUCCCCCAAGGGCAUUGGCCUCUUAGUCCCUCGUGACCAGAGAGGUUUGUGGGGAUUUCCUCAGCUUGUCACUUGUUUCCCAUGUCCUGCUCCUUAGGAAUAUAAUGGUUGUCGCAAUUGGCAAGCCCUAGCCAGCUUUGAGCAGGGAAGAUUAUUGGAACAGAGCAGAAAUACAGGUUUUCAAGUGUGGGUUUUUUAUCGACUUUAUGAAAGCUGUGGGAUGCCAUGGUGUUCCAGGCACUGUUCAAGGCUUUAUAGAUCUUAUCAUACUCAGCUUUUUUCGAAGUGAUUUAAUGAAGGAAACUGAAGCUACAGAGGCGAAGUGGUAGAGCUAGUAGUGACCUUCCCGCGAUGGCUCCAGGGGCUGCUGUGGCUGUGGCGGCAGGGUGGGAGCCUUGGUUGCUGGGAGGGAAGCACCACACAUGGCUAGACUCAGCAGUAUCCUGGCACUGUGGCUGUUGGAGCUUGAAAGUCACUGUUUUCAGAUCAACCUUUGGCUUCAGCAUUUAUCCAGAAUUUUGUAGCCACACCUGCUCAUCAAAACUCCUCAGUUUCUCCAAGCUAAAGUAGGGACCACCCCAAACAUCAGAUCACAGAGAGGGGAAAUUUGCUGACUUUGGUCCAGGGCAGAAACAGCCUGUGCAUCUUUGGAAGUGGGUCUUCAAUUCAUGCUGUCAAGGGACUUGACUUGGUAAGGCCAGUGACCUAUUUACUGCCUCUAUAUCCUUUACUGGGGAGCCUAGGAAGGCUUGAGGGGAAUGUGUCAUAUACUUCCCAUGUGUACUUUGACCUAGCUUGAUGAUGAACCACUGUAAUCACAUUCUGAAGCAGAGUAGAAGAUGGCAGGUUUAAGGACAGCCUGAGGAGCUACAUGGCAAGUUCAAGGGUAGCCCAAGCUAUAUAGCAAGACCCUGUAUCAAAGCCAAGACCUAGGGAUAUAACUUAGUGAUAGAACUCGUUUAGCGUUCACAAAGCCCUAAACUCCACCUCUAGUGCAUGUACUCCGUGCACAGGCAGUGUGUGCUAACCUGCCCGUGUUAGGAUCACUGGGGAAAGCCAGGGAUUCCCGAGAGGAAGGGCAGAUAGUGAAGGCAAAGGAAGUAACAGCUUGUUCCCAAGUCAACCUUCCAAGUCCCACACAAAUGUCCUCCUGAUCUUCUCUCCACAGCCCCAAGGCCACUAUAGGACUUUGAGGUAUUGUUUGUGGCAUGUGAGUUAUCAUGGGACUGAGGUAUUCAUUGCUGGUCCCUAGUUUUGCAUGGGACCUGGGUGCAGCUAGUACACCCUAUGUACUGUUGAAUCUGUGCUCUGCCUAAGCGGAUGUAUGAGUGUCCCAAAAUUUUCCUAGAUAGCAGUCUAUAUUCAUUCACCUUGUUAGGGUGUGAAGGAAUGGCUGCCUGCCUUCCUUCCUUCCUGCAGUCCUGAGGGAAGCUGCCUCAUACCUCCUCAGCUUCUGAUGGCUGCCACAACCUCUGGUGUCCUCGUCUGCAGAGAGGUCUCUGUUUUCCUUUUCCUGGAUCUCCUUGUCUCUUUCUCUCCCUCUUAAAAGGGUAAUAGUAACAUUAAUUUGUAGAUGGCCCACUUUCCAAGUUUAGGUGUUCUGUGAGGUCAGGAAAUUUGAGCAAGUCGUGAGUAGUCCUAGAGGUGGCCUGCAUGGAGCAGGGAGUGAAGACCCGGAGUGGAGUGGAAGCCCGCAGAGCUGCCCUGACCUGGAGCAGGUGACCUUGUGACAGAGCACUAGCACCUGAGAGAGAUGUACUCCGAGCUGCUUUGGUGUACAUUCCACAGUGUACAUGUAGCAGUCAGAAGGACAACUUUGUGAAAUCAGUUCCUUCUUCUUGUCCGUGGGUUCCAGGGGUUGAAUUCUGGUCUCUAGGCUUGUACAGCCAAUCCAGUCACAAGAUGCUGGAUGAGAACCACCAUCUGAUCCAGUGCAUCCUGGACUACCAGAGCAAGGGCAAGACGGCCGAGUGCACUCAGUACCAGCAGAUCCUGCACCGGAACCUGGUCUACCUGGCCACGAUAGCAGACUCCAACCAGAACAUGCAGUCGUUGCUUCCUGCGCCACCAACACAGAACAUGAACCUGGGCCCGGGAGCACUGAGUCAGAGUGGUUCCAGCCAGGGCCUGCAUCCCCAGGGCAGCCUCAGCGAUGCCAUCAGCACAGGCCUGCCCCCUGCCUCCCUCAUGCAGGGCCAGAUCGGUAACGGUCCAAACCACGUGUCCAUGCAGCAGACGGCCCAGAGCACACUGCCCACAACCUCCAUGAGCAUGUCAGGCAGUGGUCAUGGUACUGGGCCUGGCUAUAGCCACUCGGGACCCACCUCACAGAGUGUUCCCAUGCAAGGCCAAGGAGCCAUCAGCAACUACGUAUCUCGGACCAACAUCAACAUGCAGUCUAAUCCAGUCUCCAUGAUGCACCAGCAGGCAGCCACGUCCCACUACAACUCAGCACAGGGCGGGAGCCAGCAUUACCAGGGCCAGGCGCCCAUUGCCAUGAUGGGCCAGGGUGGCCAAGGGAGCAGCAUGAUGGGACAGCGGCCCAUGGCACCCUACCGACCCUCCCAGCAAGGCUCCUCCCAGCAGUACCUAGGCCAGGAGGAGUACUACAGUGAACAGUACAGCCACAGCCAGGGUGCUGCAGAGCCUAUGAGUCAACAGUACUACCCAGACGGCCACGGCGACUACGCCUACCAGCAAUCGUCAUACACAGAGCAGAGCUACGACCGCUCAUUUGAGGAUUCCACACAGCACUACUAUGAGGGGGGAAACUCCCAGUACAGUCAGCAGCAGACUGGGUACCAGCAGGGCUCAGCGCAGCAGCAGACCUACUCCCAGCAGCAGUACCCCAACCAGCAGAGCUACCCGGGGCAGCAGCAAGGCUACGGCCCUGCCCAGGGAGCCCCCUCACAGUACUCGAGCUACCAGCAAGGCCAAGGUCAACAGUAUGGAAGCUACAGAGCCUCGCAGACGGGACCUUCUGCCCAGCAGCAGCGGCCUUAUGGCUAUGAGCAGGGCCAGUAUGGAAAUUACCAGCAAUAAGGGACAAGCGUUGUCUUUGGACCCUUCAUGGUAGUAUGUUCUGGACAAGCCAGUGGCAGUUCUGCUGAGUCAUGACAUGUUGGUCACCCUGCGCCCAAUGCCAUGUCUGCAUGUGAAGCAGGCUCAUUUCAUGCUGGGUAUGAUGCCAGGCGUGCACUACUGGCUGUGAUGGCGUGACGUAUUUGGUGCUGUGUAAAGUAUUGUAUAUCGAUAUGAUGGAGAGGUUGUCCUGUUUGUGUCCCUCACCCCCUCCUCAACGUUCUUAGCUAGCUUUGGGGGUCAUCCUGCCAUCACAUGUUCUGUGGCCAGUGAUGAGACAAUAUCUAAAAGACACCAUGGUCUGUGUCACUGUGAACAGACCCAGUGUGCCCUCUCUCACCACUGUUGCAGAGUGGACUGUAAAUGUUUCUUUAACUGGCUGCCCAUAGCUUGACACACAUGUACCACCCUGGAUGGCCAUCUUCCUGUGCCUAGAUGAGGCCUGGGGACACCUUCUGUGUCUUGGGCUAGUUUCUUGUAUCAUUAUAACAAAGAAAAUGUGCUUCAUGUGAAGAGACCAUGGGCUGUCCUCUCCAGAACUCACCCACUGCCUGUCUCUCCACUCCCUGUGAUCCCAAAAAUGUGUCUUUAUAUUAGACAAUGAAGAAGGGACAGUGACUAUAUUCUGUGGAAAUGUGUCCAUAAGGGCGGUGUGAGAGUAACCUAACCUAGGGAAGGCAGUGUUGCGCAGAGCAAGGCUCACUGUCUGCCAGCUGCGUUGUGAGCAGUGUGGCUUUGGCCCUUGUUUAUGUAAUGUCAUGUCAAGGAUUUGAGUAUGCCCAGUCCUAAACUUAAAGAGAAUUGGAAGUACCAAAUGCUAAGUUUUACAAGUUCAGAUUGUCAAGCAAGCGUUCCUUUGCAUUUAGGGAAAUCUGAAAUCCACACCGUAUUUUUAACAAAUCAAAAUAACUUUAUUAUGUUAUUUUAAAUGAAAAGUACAAGUUUUAUAUAGUGGAAUUUAGUGAUAUUUUUUUUCUUUUUUUUUUUUUUUCAUUACAUCCCUAGAAUGUUCAAUCUCAUUUUAAUUCUAUAUAAAACAUGAGAGACAGCUUUUUUGGAAAGGUACAGUCAGAUGAUGAAAAUACCACAUAUAAUGUAGCACUGGCAUUUCUCAGCCUUUAUUUGGACAAUAAUAAUCAUGUUACUAUGAAAGCGGCGUGGGGGGGGGGGGAGGCCUUCAGGAUAAGUGCUGGUGUAAUUCUAAGAAUAACCAAGAAGAUACAAAAAAAAACAAAAACAAAAACCCCAAGGAUCCAGGGCCUGGUGCAUCAGGCCUAACCAGCUUUUGUUUUGUGCUUUUAGACGAGGUCUUGAGUAGCCCAGACUGGCCUC